AUGCAAGCCCUCGCACGUGCCGCGUCCCUCCUGCGCCGAGCCGUGGCCUGCCCGCCUCAGCUCGGCGCCGCCGGCCGCGACACCCCGCUCCUCGCCAAGAUUUUGCCAAAUGUCUACUCCAAUGGGUAUUCUACUCUUAUGGCUCCAGCAAAUGAAGUGCUGAUUCCACCGGAACUUCUAUCUAGCAAGACUGUCUGGACACCAGACCGAGAGCUUGGGCAGUAUGAGGACCUAGUAGCUAGAGUAACAAACUUCCAUAAUGAGGACAAGGGAUUCAUGGUUUUGGAUGGUGAUGUUUUUGACGUUCCAAUUAGGAAGGAUAUUGUUCACAGGGUAGUAAGGUGGCAGCUUGCUAAAAGGCAACAGGGGACACACUCAACUAAAACUAUCAGUGAAGUGAGCGGCACAGGAAGAAAGCCUUAUAAGCAAAAGGGAACAGGAAGAGCACGUCAUGGAACAUUGCGUGGUUGUCAGUUUCGAGGAGGUGCAACUAUGCAUGGUCCGAAACCACGAAGCCAUGCAUUCAAGUUGCAGAAGAAAGUACGACGUCUGGGACUUAAGAUAGCUUUGUCUGCUAGAACAGCUGAGGGGAAGCUCUGCAUCUUCGAGGACUUAGAAGUCCCUAGCCACAAGACGAAAAACAUCGUGCAGUACAUAAAGCAGAUGGAUGAUACGAAGAAGAUUUUGUUGGUGGACGGAGGCGACAUUGAUAAGAAGUUAAAGCUGGCUACUCAAAAUCUUCACUAUGUGAAUGUCAUUCCUUCGAUUGGCCUCAAUGUCUACAGCAUCCUGCAGCAUGACACCCUAGUGAUGACUCGGGACGCCAUCAACAGAAUCGUUGAGCGGAUGCACACCCCCAUCAGCCGCUAG